AUGUCAAUUAAUUACGUACAUCCAAUUGACAAUGUUAAACAAAUUUUUAUCGAAUCAGAUCAAGAACUAAAUACUAUUCAACAUCAAUUAAAUCAUGAUUUCUAUCAACUCUAUGAUCAAAGUGCAUCUUGUAAUCCAAUUAAAAUAGGAGAGAGAAUUAAAAGAUUACAAGAUGAGAUGGUGUCGAUGAUGAAAGAUAUAGAAUACAUACGAAAUACAAAAGAAAGAAUGGUCGAUAGAUGUUCAACACAAUUAAUCAACAAUAGAACAAUGAUUCAACAAUUGAGGAAAUCAACUGAUCCUACCUACACUCAAAUAUCAAAUGAAGAAGAUUAUAUCUUUUCAAAUUUUAAAAAGAUUAUUAGCAGUAAUAAUGGUAAUGGAAGCGGUGAUCAACAACCUUCAUCAUCCAUAUCAUCCACAUCGUCAGUAUCAAAUAAUUUCACAACAACAACAACAGCAUCGAAAUACAUGUUAAAAAAUAGUGAUCAAUUAAACCUGGAACUACAAAAAACUACUCAAAUGUUGGCUGAUAAUAAUAUCCAUGUUGUUUCUAUUCAACAACAACAACAACAGCAACAACAACAACAGACAAUGAAUCAACAACCAUUACCAUCGGUGGUACCAAGUGAACUAGAAAAACAAACUACCUCUUCAACAACAACCUCUUCAACUACAACUACUACACAUCCAGUUGUUGAAAAGAAGAGAUCUAAAAAUGUGUAUAGACCAAUAAGUGAAAAAGAAUUUAAUUCAAUAAGUGAAUCAAUAAGAGGAAGAUGUAAAUUAGAUGAUGAUAAAGCAAAUGCCAAGGUAAUUUUAACAAAACAACAAUUGGCAAUGCAAGGUUGUAAAGUAUUGGGAUUGUCUGGUGACCAAGCAAUACUUUGUCUCAAAGCAUUAAAAAUAAUUGAUAUUAAUAAACAUGGUAUCAUUAUUAAAUCAUUGUAA